AAUAAUAAAUGAUGUUAUAAUCUAAUCCCCCUUUAAAUUAUUAUAUUUCAGGGAAGUUCCCUUGCAGCUUCAUUCUUCUUUGCUUAUAAAUGUACAUAAAUUCUCAUAUUUCAAAAGGCAGAAGCCAGACAUCCUUCAUUAGUAAUUGAACCAAAGAAAAGACAUGGGAGUUUCAGGCACUUUGGAGUAUUUGUCUGAUUUAAUGAGCAGUAGUGGUCAUAAACACAAGAAGAGAAAACAAUUGCAGACAGUAGAGCUGAAGGUGAGGAUGGACUGUGAUGGUUGUGAACUCAAGGUCAAGAAAGCCCUCUCUUCAUUGAAUGGAGUGAAAUCGGUGAACAUAAACAGGAAACAGCAGAAGGUGACUGUAACGGGAUAUGUUGAAGCCAACAAAGUGUUGAAGAAAGCUAAGUCAACAGGGAAAAAGGCUGAGAUUUGGCCUUAUGUUCCUUACAAUCUGGUGGCUCAACCUUACGCUGUUACUGCUUAUGACAAGAAGGCACCUCCUGGUUAUGUUAGGAAAGUAGACAACAAUGUAAGCAGCACUGCUACCGUCACUAGAUAUGAAGAUCCUUACAUCACCAUGUUCAGUGAUGAAAACCCAAAUGCAUGUUCCGUCAUGUGAAGCUGCAAUUUCAUAUUACUAUUUCUUUUUGGUUUUCUCUGUUGGAUUUCCUGGUAGAUAUUAUGACAAGAUUGUCGAGUUAUUACUAAUCAAAGGGAGUUCAUCUUUUUCUUUUUAAUUUUCAAAAUGGUCCUGGUUUGUUUGUAGUCUUGUAAGGAGCAAGUUUUGGGUGGGUGGGGUGAUGAUGAUAACAAUUUGUCAAUGUGGGUUAGGGAAGUGAGGUACAGCCAUUGUAUUUGCAGCCUUGCUUUAUUUUCUUGUCCUUAUUACUGCCUGUAAUUUAAUGUUAUGAAUUUUAUGCCCUGAAAUUAGUUUUGGCUUGGCAA